AUGAUAAUAAUGUUUGACGACAUUUUGCCCUUGGUUGAGGUUACGGGAGGUUUAAGGUUGAGGUCACAGAGGGCCAAUGUUGGGUAUAGAGAAGUCAGUGUUGGUAGUGACAUCAGUGUUGGUAGUGAAGUCAGUGUUGGUAGUGACAUCAGAGUUGAUAGUGAAGUCAGUGUUGGUAGAGAAGUCAGCAUUGCUAGUGAAGUCAGUAUCUAUAGUAAAAUCAUUGUCAGUAGCGAUGUCAGCGUCAUUAUCGAGGUCAGUGUUGGAGUUCAGAACCAAACAACCUCCUCAUCACAAUUGAUAACAAGUGUGAGUGUGAGCGUCAGUGUGCGUCAGUGUGAACCUCAGUGUGAGUGUGAGCGUCAGUGUGAACCUCAGUGUGAGUGUGAGCGUCAGUGUGAACCUCAGUGUGAGUGUGAGCGUCAGUGUGAACCUCAGUGUGAGUGUGAGCGUCAGUGUGAGCCGCAGUGUGAGCGUCAGUGUGAACCUCAGUGUGAGUGUGAGCCGCAGUGUGAGCGUCAAUAUGUGACAUACUUCAUGGAGAAUAAUGACCCAUCAAAAACACCGAGUAUGUUUUGA